GUGUAACGGCGUCAAAAUGACGACCUAAAGCCGGCCAAUUUCUUCCUCGAGUUGAAGGAACUUACUCCCACGGUUCAUUUAAUGAAUGUGUCCAGGGGUUCGAUUUCCUCAUGUCUCAUUCGUAAACAACAUAGGUCCCUCGGGGAUUUUGCUUUAUCUUUCUUUUUUAUCGGGCAUUCCUUUUUGUUUUCUUAUUUCUUUCGUUGGGGACGUCUUUCAUUUUUGUUUUCCACGCGCAAUAGUUUGCAAUUUCAUUUGCACGCAAAUGAAAGAGGUUUUCCAAAACACAUAAAGUCCGCAAAAAAGUUUGCCUAAAACAUGUUGAAAGCAAUUGGCCAAUUACCAACGUAUGAAAAUGUCAAAUGUGGUGAAAUAUUCUGUGUCUCCUCGCCGCCAGCCGUAUUCAAUGUUACUUGCAUUCUGUGUGACCAAAAAAUAAGCUUGGACAAGUAUGCAUUACACUUUGAGUCGCAGCACUUAACACUGGCCGAGGAGAGCUAUAGCCUGCAAGAUUUGGUAACCAAUUCCCGGUCAUGUGAUGUGGUGGAAAUUAAAUUUGAAGAGGAUCCACCUGAUGACCCGAUUAAAGAAGAAUUAUCCAAAGGAAAUUUGGUUGAAGUGCCGGCACUUCAGAGUAUUUGUGACCGUGAAGCUAGUGACAAUGAAGAGUAUCUAGAUGAAGAUAGAUCAUUGCUGGAAAUUCUGCAUGAAAGCAAAAAAUCCCACGAACAAAAGGUUACAAAGAAACGGAGAUGUGAUAAAUUACCAAAGCAGGAGGUUAAUUCAAGUCUUGAGACAUCAAGCCAACUGGUGGAGCUAUCAAUAUCGUUGGCAGUAGAUAAUGCUAAUAAUGAGCUGGAUAUUUCGAAAAAUUAUAGUGAUGAUGAUGGCAAUGGAGAUGAUGAUAACGAUGAUGAUUGGCUGGAGAAACGGGACAAAAAGGCGAAUACCAGGACGAAAGCAAAGACCACCGAGCAGCGUUCUUGUGAAAUCUGUCACCGCCAAUAUACAUCGUUGAAAAACUACAACAAACACAUGUACUAUUCGCACAACAUUAAAUUAUAUUCCCGAAAAGUCAAUUACAAAUAUCAUUGUGAUGGAUGUGAGAAAGCCUUUAGGGCGCCGCGUGAUUUAAGAGCACACACAUUGAAAUGUAAUCAUAAUUUAAAAUCAGACUACAAUUAUGGUGGAGAAGCGAAGCGAGAGGAGAUAGAGGAGGAUAAUUUUAAUACAACAGAGGAGUUUCAAAAUUCAAUCAACAACGAAGCAGUUGUGCAGGAAGGUGAAGAAAAUCCAUUGGAAAUGUUAAACAAAAAUCCUGAAAAUAAUAAACAGGAGGGGGAGGAGGAGGAGCAGUCAAAACCAAGAGCUAAGACGGGCAAACAUACGCAACAACAACAGCAACAAAAUGAAUUAUCCUGCCAUAUUUGCCACCGCAAAUAUACCACCAUAAAACUACACAACAAACAUAUGUUUGCAGCGCAUCAAAUUAAAAUCCUAUCGCGAAAAGUCAACUACAAACAUAAAUGUGACGAAUGUGAUCAAGUGUUUCGAAUCGAACGUGAUCUAAGGGCACACAAGCUGAAACAUCAAAAGGAAUUGGAAAAUGCAUCAUCGAUCAUAACAAUGCUACCCAACAGUGAACACAAGGAGAGAAAAAGAGGCUUUAGGGCAGCUAUGUCCACAACUGAAACAGUGCAAAUGGAAUUCAUGGGAAUGAUGCCAAUGCCAAAGGAUGAUGGUGUGGCAAACAAACAAGUUCAUCACAACGACAAUCAGUCUGCGGUGGAGGAUAACGAUGGAGCCGAAGAAGACACCGAUUGGUUGGAUGAUAGUCUUGUGGAAAAUGAACCGAAUUUAGAAAUAAUUGAUAGCAAGGAAGUACUAAGCUGUCGCAUCUGCCGGCGCACCUUCAAAGCUCUAAAAUUUCUCAACAAACACAUGUCGUUGAGGCAUAAAAUCAAAGUCCUAUCCCGCAAAGUGAACUACAAAUACAAAUGCGAUGAAUGCGAACAAAUGUUUCGAACCCAGCGUGAUCUCAAGGGCCACAAAUUGCGAGAACAUUUGGGCAUAUCCUGCGAUAUCUGUGGCAAAAUGUUUGCACAGGCUGGCAAUAUGCGGCGACAUCGUGUGCGCCACAGUGGCAUUAAGGCAUUCAAAUGCAAAGAAUGUCCCAAGGAAUUUUAUACCAGCAAAGAAUUGAAAUCCCAUACCAUUUGCCACACCGGAAUAUUACCUUAUAUCUGUGAGAUAUGUGGUCGCAGGUGUCGUGAUGGUGGUGAUCUGUCGGCCCACAUGCGUCGCCAUACAGGUGAAAGACCGGCGAAAUGUGAUGUUUGUGGUAAACGAUUUUUCUCAGUGCACGAUUUGAAUACCCACUCUGUUAUGCACACAACAGAGCGGCCAUUUUCCUGUGAAAUAUGUGGCUCAAGAUUUCAGCUAAAGAAAACCUUGAGGGUCCAUAAACUCAUACAUUUGCCACCACAGUUUUCAUGUAAUAUUUGUGACAAGACAUUUGUCCAGUCGGGUCAUCUAAGGAUACACAUGCGCCGACAUGGUAAUAUUCAGGAAAAGACCAACAACAGCGAAGAAUCGAAGAAUGAAUCGAACACGGAGGAAUCGUAUGUUCCAACGGUGUUUGAAGGUUCACCGGACAAUGUCGUCAAUGUUAUGCCAAAUGCCCAAGGAGUUUAGUCGAACACCAAGAAGGUCAAUUUACCAUGCCCCUUAUGUGCAGAAACGUUUUCGUCCACUGAAUUACUGUGUAGUCAUGUCACCGCAAUGCACAACAUCAAAAUGUACAAGAGAAAGU